AGAAAUGCCACGAAAAUCACAACGUACCCAACGUUCUCAGCCCAACCAAAGUGGAAGCCUGUUGACCCAACAAACAUUAGAAGAAACCUUUGCUGGAGGUGGAGAAGUCAAUAUCAACUUUGAUGAGCAAACUAGCGAUUUGGUUCGUUAUUUUGUUAAUAGGGCUGGUGAUCACAUGAUUUUCAAAAGAGCCGAUAUUAAGAAGCAUGUUCUUCCUAAGGCUGGGCCCCAUUUUCAGAAAAUUAUAGACGAUUCAACAAAAAUUCUAAGGAAGGUUUAUGGUUAUAAUGUGAUAGUAAUUGAUGCAGUGCAGAAUUCCUCAAAAGCUUAUAUAGUGAGUAAUGCUUUACCUUACCUGAAGGACCCAACAGAACAAGUUCAAGAGUGUCCUGAAGAUGUUCACAAAAUUCUGAUGUUGCUCAUAUUGGCCCAUGUUUUUAUGGCCAAUAACUGUGUGAGUGAACUUUCCCUUUACACUUUUUUGAAGUCAUUUCAAAUUGAUCCAGAUAGAAGGCAUGAGCUCUUUGGAAAUGUGAAAGAUUAUAUACAUAUUACUCUGAAGAAUAAGAAGUAUUUGACAUUAGAAAUGGAUCAAUUGUCCAAGAAAAUAAGUAUUUCUUGGGGUCCAAGAGCAGAGAAAGAAAUUUCCAAACAUGAAAUUCUAAAAUUUGUUUGCAAAAUGUACAAGGAUAGAGCUCCAAAUUCUUGGGUAAAUCAACACAAAGUUGCCAAUGAACAACACUUUGAAAAUCACAGAGUAAAUGUUGACAUACCUACUCCUAUGGAAGAGGAGUAAAUUAUUCUUUGUAGAAGAAUAAAAUUAGUUUAGGAAGUUGUGUUUUAUAUUUUUCAUUGAAAAUGUAUUUUACAUAUUAAACUUUUUUUAUUUUAUCCUGAAGAGAGGAGUAGAA